ACGAAUUUCCGUGUUGUUAGCUUAGCUGCGUUGUGCCAACUACGAAUGAUAAAACUUCAUAACUUAAUUUUAACUAGUUAAGGCCGAAAUUGCCCCAGUUUUUCAGUCUGUGCCACAGACCCCUACCUCCAAAUUGGUCUAUUUUGGGAUGGGCUUUCUAACGAUAACUGUAGGCGCUGAAGGCAUGCUAGUAAAUGAGAGUGAUCUCCCGGCUAAGUAAGGUAAAGUUAAAGCUGACGACCUCCUCCUCCUCCUUCAAAGGCUUCUGCUGUUAUGUAGAGCUGCAGACUGGCUGUUCUGUCCUUGGUGUUUACAUCCCCGUCGUCGUCUCAAUGGGGAAAAGAAAAGACAUUAUUCACCCCAGGUUUCUCGGUGAAGCCAGUUCUAGCCUGCACAGCGUUCACAAGCGGAAACACAAAAAACACAAGAAGCACAAGAGGAAGCACCACAGCUUCACUGAGGCCCUGGAGCCCGAGCCUGUCGUGGUUCCACGGCCUCCUCCGCAGCUCAGACUCAAGAUCAAACUGGGAGGACAGACGCUGGGGACCAAGAGUGUUCCCACUUUUACCGUGCAUCCUGGUGUGGCCCGACCUCCCUCUCCAUUGAUGAUCAUUGAUAACGAUGUUGAUGAUGAUGAUGAAGACGAUGACGACGACGACGACGACGAGCCUUCUGUGCCUCUGGAGCAAUAUCGGGCCUGGCUGGAUGAAGACAGCAACCUGGCCACGUCCCCUCUGCCAGACAUGGACUCAGACUCCAUGCUGGGUGGGCCUGUGGACGAGGAGGAGAGGUGGCUGGAUGCUCUGGAGAAGGGAGAGCUCGACGACAACGGAGAACUGAAGAAAGAGGUCGAUGAGUCUCUGCUCACAGCCAGACAGAAAGCCCUGUUACACAAGCAGCAGAGCCAGCCUCUCCUUGAGCUCCCAAUGGGCUACAAGGAGAAGGAGAUGACCGCAGAGAUGAUGCAGAAACGGGAGGAACGAGCUCGAAAGAGGCGCCUGCAGGCUGCCAAGAAGGCCGAAGAGAACAAGAACCAGACGAUAGAGAGACUGACAAAAACCAGCAAGGCCAAGAUCAAAAGCAUGAAGGAGAAGAAGUCCAAGCAGAGCCAGUGCCCCAUGGUCCGGUACAGUGACUCCGCCAAGGGCAUGGCCAUCUCCUUCCCCACAGGGGUCCCUGCUCCGGCCCCAGCACCUCGCUGUCCUCAGCCUCCGGCCCCGGUGAGCUGUGGGGUCAGCGGCUGCACCAACCUGAAGAAGUACUCCUGCUCAAAGACUGGGGUUCCUCUCUGCAGCCUCGACUGUUACAAGAGGAACCUGCUGCUUGUUCAGAGCGCAGUCUGAACAUUAAAGAGACAGGUAUCUUUUAAAAUGGCCUCGGUUGUAGUUCUGCUUGUACUACACUGAGAUGCGAUGAGGUGCCCACAGUCCACAUGGUCACACAAUUUGACAAAAUUUACAUUUUACACUUCAAACAUAAAACUUUUCAGGACUCAAAAUCCAAGUGCAAAGUGGAUUUACUUUUUAUGUUCUUGUCUUUUUUUGUUUGUAGAUGUGUUAUACUAAUAAUAAUGGCUUUUCCCUUCAGUGA